GGGGUGCAGCCUCAGCUCCCGGCCUGUCAUGAGCACAGCCGCAGCUUCGAGGGUGUAGCUGGUGCCGCUUGGGUUUCCCUUCGUUUGAUGGCAGCACAAGCAAAAACGAGGCUGGGGAAACUCGGUCCUUCCCCAAAGUAACUUUCCUGGCCCCUGGACUCCCGAGGUUGACUCCUGAUUUUAUCAUGGUCAGAGUUCACCAGUGUGUCCAGUCCCUAAUGCAGGCAUGACCACGGUGGCCCUGAAUGGGAGGCUUGCUUUGCACCAUUAAUGCCUUCAUUCCCCAAGAGCAGCUCCUUACUUCCCUCCUUGUUUUCCCCAGAUGCCACCCAAGUGUUUUCAACUGUUCAUCAGGAUCUCAUGGCUCUGUGGUUCAAGUUCUCUGCCUCCCUGAGCCCACAGAAGCCACCAAAACCCAGUGACAAAAUCAGGCAGCUCCAGACAGGGAACAAGGGGGCAAUUAUGCUUUCACCACCAUUUGUUUGGGAUUUGAGAUUAUGCCAACUCCCCACACAUCCCAGAAAAACUGGUCCAAGUGGUUGGAAAAAGACCAAGGCCUUCAAGGCUGACGACCAGCUCAGGGCAAGUCAGAGCAGGGCUAAAGCUUAGGGAAGGCAAAGAAGAAAGCUUCAAGGGGCUAGUGUGACUUUUAACUGCCUGACCAGCUGCAAAACCAUCUGGUGACAGUUCAGCCAUGGGUGUCAGAGCAGUCAUGGAUAAGAAACUUCUGGAGAGAAAGAGGACUGGGACCUUUUGCAGCAGAAAAAUUAGUCCUGAUUGAUAACAAAAUUAGGGUACAAACUACUGGCUGCAGCUGUCAGCAUAGACUGUGCUACAAAGUGUAUCACAGCAAGCAAGGAAGGUCAAAUUCCCGUGGGAUGAAACACUGGGUGGCAAGAAGCCAAACAGUGUCCCAGGCUGGGCUUCCCUUAUAUCAGAGAAACCCAUCAGCCACUGGAACAUGGCCUCUUGGGGCAGUAACCUGGGCCGUCCUGAGCACAGCAUCAAGGAGAAGCAUUGCAGCCAUAGGGGCCUGUUUCAGAGGGACUGUAAAGCAAUUGCUUCAGUGAGACAACUUUGGGGUGCUGCUGGGGUCAGAGGAAGUGUCCUGAGACCAGUGUCAUGGAUCUACACACGCCAGGCAAUGUAACAGGGUCUGACCCUGCUAAGAUUGCUGGGUUCAAGUGAAUGUUUCCAGUGAGUCUUUUGUUAGUUCUUUGGUUACAGCUCAAGCUGGUGGUUCCAGAGAGGGACCCCAAUCCCGAUUCACACCUCUCAGUUAUACCCCGACACUCAUCACCCAAUCCAAGUCAAUCACUAAAUUCUGGCUGGCAGUAUCUUGAUUUCUUGCUGGGUUUCACUGGAGCUGGGCUGGCUGCCUUCUGAUGUUGCUUUAUUCUCCUGGGAUUGUUUCCUUGGCCCUUAUCAUCUCCAUUCUGCUCAUAUCUGCUGAAUUUCAAGAGUGUUGUGUUAGCAGCAUCAUUUUAUCAAAAGUUUAUGUUUGGUCAGCUCUUAUGGCCUAAGGCUUUGGCUACUUCAGGUGCUAAUGCUGAGCCAGCAGUGCUAAACGAGACCAUUCAGGCAGGAGAAUCUAGUUCAACAAUUUCUGCUGUAGCGUCAGCACUGAGCUGCCCAGGACCUGCCUCCGUCAGGUGCCACGGUUCUGCACGCUCCCUGUAUUCCCACUCCCUCCCUGUAUUCCACCACGUUGCCUGUAUUCCCGUCCUUUCCCUGUAUUCCCACACGCUCCCUGUAUUCCCACACUUUCCCUGUAUUCCCGCUCCCUCACUAUAUUUCCUCACUUUCCUAUAUUUCCCAGCCUUUCCCUGCUGCGCGCACACGUUCCCGCAGCCCGGCCGCCCUCCCUCUGUGCCGGCUCAGGCGAGCGUGGCCGGGCCGGGGGGCAGAGCCAGCCCUGUGUGAGGCCGUGCCCGGCAGCCACGGACACAGCGUGACCAAAGGUCACCCGCACCGCCCCGGCGCCGCCAUGCCCUGCCGCCGUGCCCUGCUGCCGUGCGGAUCGGUUCCUCCUUCGCCGAGGGCCGGCAGGGGAAGCGCGGGGUGAGUGCAGGGGAGCGUGAGCCCUGCCCUGCUGGGGCCAGCCCUGCGAGAGACACCGCCAUGGCCCGGCAGGAGCGGGAGAAGGGCGAGGCGGAGCAGAAGGUAGCUGGCAUCUCCCGCAGGUUCUCCUUCCUGGAUGCCGCCCAGCCCCGAGCGGGCGGCCCGGCCCGCGGCUCCCAUCUCUGGCCAGCCACGCUGGGGAGCAGGGAGCGUUUCCAUACGCUGCAGAAGAUGGACACCAACAAAAGCAUCAACUGGGGCAGGCACAGCCUGGGGAGCUGGGGCAGGACUUCAGGCAGGUUCUCCGUUAGCCCCAGUAGUACCCGGAGGAAGGAGCUGAAGGAAAUCCUCCUGCAGAGCAACAGCCCUGGCAGCACCAUGCGGUUUGCCGCUGCUCAGAAGACAUCCAGCAGCAGCGGUCUUCCUGCAGGGCUGCACCAAGAGCAGAAGCCUGAGCAGAGCCCUGAUCUGCUGCCCCUUGUCCUCGAUCCCCUGGAGCACGCAUGGCUGCUGACGGUGGCCGAGGGUGAUGCGGACAGCAUCAUCAAGCUUCUGGACCUGGAUCCCAGCCUGCUGACCAGGAGAGACUUUGUGACAGGCUUCACCGCUCUCCACUGGCUUGCCAAGCAUGGCCACCAUGAGAGCUUCAUCCAGGUCAUCUCCCAUGCCCAGAAAAAAGGCUACCCUGUCAACAUGAACAUCCCCACAGCCAGCGGCGGGCUCACCCCUUUGCACCUGGCUGCCUUGCAGGGACACGAGGUGCUCAUCAAGGUGCUGGUGGGAGCUUACGGGGCAGACACCACCUGCAGGGACCACAACGGGCGCAAGGCUUGGCAGUACCUGCCAGCAGACACCUCCAGGGACCUGAAGGAGCUGGCAGGGGCCUUGGAGGAGGACUUGGUCCAGCUGCACUCUCACAACACCAACAACAACUGUAAGUCAUCCAGAGAGGCUGGGGCAGGGCAGGACUGUGUGGACUCCGGGGCCGAGGGAAAAGCCCAGCAUUCCUGGGGCCUGUCGACCCUGCGAGGCUUUGUUAGACAGGCCUUUGCUUUCUUCCAUGAGCGCUGAAGCUCUCCUGGCUCCAUUCCCCAGUAAACCCAUGCUGGAUAGCAGCUGGAAAAGCCUGCAGGGAGCUAAGAACUUGGCUACUCAAAAUCCUGCCUUGUGAGGAUUAAGCCAUGGCACUAUGGCCACCCUGGGUCUUGUGGUAUUUUGGGACUCUUCCAGUGUCUGCGUGGAGCACCACGGCCAUUGGGAGCAGUACCUUGGGACAGCCCUUCCAAAAAACUGCCUGUCUGCAGAGGGGGUUGUGCCCCCUCUGGAUGGGGACUCCUUGCUGCAUCCCAGCAGAUCACCAUGGUUGGGGCUCACGUGUCAGCUCUGCUGUGGGGAGCUGCUCCAACACCCUGCGUGCCCGCAGGAGGAUGCUGACCCACCAUGUGUGGAUCUCAUGCUGCAAACGCCUUCCAGCUUCCUGCAAGAUCUCCUGAUCUCUGCCAUAUGCACCUUCUCUGGGUUGAUGUUUGUUUAUGACAGCUGAUUAUAAAGCUGAUUCUCAGUAGAGUAAGAGCUAAGGGCCCUGUUUGUCAGAAGAGUCCAGGCCAAGAGAAGCCUUUCAAAAUGCAAAGCAACUCACACUGGUAGCCCUUCCCCUGAGAUCCCCAUCCCAGGAAGCCUGAAAUGCUCCACCUCAUUAGGGAUGGGGGCCAGAGCAAAGGAGGCAGGAAGGACACAAGGGGGGAAGCCUGUGGUGGCUUCUUUGGGGAUUAGAGUUCAGGAACAGCUUUGGAAAGAUGAUUCAUCCUCAGAAACUGUGGAAAAGGUAUGUGAAGGCUGUGAGAUUAAGAUUAUUUUUAUUGCUACUGAGGUCAAGCUCAAAAAUGAAACUCUGAUGAGCAUUGCUGCAGCAGCAUAACAGUGCAUGUAUGUCUCAGUCACUGCAUUAAAAGGGCAAAGCCUCUGCUCACCUGUUUGUGUUUUGUUCACCAAGUGAAGUUCUGCCCUGAUGAUUUCAACUUGCUUUUUACAUUCUCAAAGACCAGUACUGAUUUAAAAUAUCUUCAGAAAAACAACAGUCCCUUCCUCUUUCUCAUCAGCACGAGACUAUUCCUACACCCUUAAAUAGCUGUGCCGUUUGAGAAGUGCUUCUCAGACAGGAACUGGGGAGUUUCUGUUCCCCAGGGCAGCCCUUGCAGGGACAGCUCCUUUAGGGGGGCAGUUGUGGUUUUCUUUCCAGCUGCCUUUCAGGGGGCCUGCAGGGGUGACCGAGGGACUCAAGGUGAUCUGGCCUGGCUACACAGGUGCGUUUGCAUCUUGAUGCAGAAAGAUACACAAAGACACACAGGUAACUCCCUCUGGGGAACUAGAGCUGGGGGGUUUCACAGCUCCUGAGCAAACUCCAAUUAUAUUCAGACUGCUUAGACACCAAAAUAACCCAGUCUGCAGUAAUGACGUGUGGAAGAGCAGCCUCCACAUGAGUGAACAGGGAUCCAGUGAUUGGAUAAUGCCCAGUCCAGGUGCCUGGGUGGAUAUAUAGAUGUGUCUGGACAUUUUAGUCCUUGAGAUCAGUAGCAGAUACAUACAAAACACACUAGAACUAGAUUUAAUGCUUGAUCUACAAUGCUUUAGCUCUAAUAGAUUGAAGAUGUUGUCAAUGCAGCUCCUUCUGGAACCGCUGUGGCCAUGUCCAUGCCAUGGGAGAGCAGGCUGGCUUCUCACAAGUCUGCUCAUGCCAGCACAAACUCCAUGAACAGCACUGGUGUCAAGUUCUGGUAACCAAAGUGCUGUUGAUAAGACAGACAGGACUGACAAAAUAUUGUUUUUACCUAUUAGUCUUCUGUUACCCUUUUACAGCUGUCAGGGAAGGGGCACAGGAUGGCUCCUACAUCCUCCUCUGAGUAAGGCACAGAGUAAACAGUGGAAUAGAGAAUUUCCUUGAAGGAGCCAUUUCCUUGGCAAUAGUACCUGUGGCUUAGUCAUGCUCCACCCAGAAACAUGGACUUAAAUGUUCCAUUUAAAAGUAAAAUUUGGCUGACAAAUGCUGCACCUAAAUACAACAAAAUUAUUUUCAGUUAUUACCUCCUGUUGAGAGAUAACCAAAACCCUCUAAAGACAGCUUUGCCCUCAUCCUUUGGUCAUGGGUUUGACCUGGUGUUCUGUGCUGAGACAAAUUAGGUGGGGACUUCAGAGCAGAACCAGAACUCUGCUUCUCUAGAUAUGUUCCAACAUCCUCACCAUGUCACCCCCUGACCUGGGUGGGUCCCUUUCCACUGAGCAAAAUAACCCCCCACAUUUCCUUCCAGUGACCCACCCCUUUGUCUUGCUCGGUUCAUUUUCAUACCUACAGUUGAUUUGGAUACAGAGACAUCUUUAGAAAAAUAUUCCUCAAGUAUACAAUCAGCUCCAACUUUGCUUUUGACUCAGAAAACAAAACAUAUCCACCAAAAUCAAUGGACUAAAAUAUCUAAAUAUUUUUUCUUUAAAGCUUCUGUUGAUGUCUCAGUUAUCAUGUGUGUUAGCUCAGUUCUGCAGAGAUUCCUGAUUCCCUCUCACAGGAAGGAGAGGGCAAAGAGAGCUGCCACAGACAACAGAAAACAUUCAAACCCAGAGAUAUUUGUUUGGUUAAGGUUCUGCAGAGGAUUGAGUUUAACCCAAGCUAAAUUUGUACCAAAUUCACUUUUUUUUAUCCCUUAAUGUCCAGCUUGAAAAGCAGAUUCAGUCAAAUAGGGAAAAUAAUACAAGGAGUUAUUUUCCAAAACAGUUCCUUAGUAGAAGUUACUUCCACCUAAUAAAAAUAUUAGUCAUGAUAGUAAUAGGGAGACUUUCUAAUAAAUAGUAAUAAAUUGUCCAGUCUGUUGCUCAGGAAAGUUUUCCCACAAAUGCCAAGGAAAAAACUGUCUCUUUCCAUUCUCAAGUCCAUAAAAUUGCUGUUUUCCUCCUCAGCCAGAUCCCCAUAGACACAAUUACAGAGAAACUCUAUGAGCAGCUUUGCCUGCCAGCAGUGAUGCGGAGAGGCUGGGGGAGGUAAGCUGGAUGCCAAGGCAGAACUCCAGUCCUCAGCAGUGCUGUUAUUUCCUGAACACUCACUUCAAAGAGUGCAGGAAAGCUUUAAAAAUCAUUGAAGUCAGAGUGGCUGCAGCAUGCAAGCCUCUGCUCAAACACCUCUGGCAAUGCUGUUUGCUGCUUUCCUGUUGCAGUGACUUUGUGCUUCCCCCUGACGAUGGAGUCCAGACUUUACCAGACAGGACAAGGAGCUAGAGGAUACCUCUGAAGUAUCCUGAAGUUGGUAAAAAUCCCAGCCUUGCUCACCCCGAGUUACAGAACCCUGCAGCUCACCUUAGGAAGGAGACACCUCAUGACCUCUGAGUGAGAUAUGUAUUUCUUAGCAUUUACAUGCUGUUUGGCACAUGCUGUACCCAGUGUUAUUUGCUCAGAGUUGCAAUACAAAGCAGUGUGAAAGCAGCAACCCAGAAGGUAUGGCAGCCUGAAGCUUCCUCAGGAAGCUGCCUCUCAGGAACAGACCCACGAGCUGAGGCUGAAGGCAGGAAUGAAGCAGCACCUUUGGCAGCCUUCAGUGUCAGGAUGGGCUUGGCCACAGCCCAGGACAGGGAUUUCCUGCUGACCAGAGCAGCAACCCCAGUUCAGAGCAGUGAACAGAAAGGACUGUGUGCAGAGCCACAGCUCCUCCACUUCCCUGCAGUAAAUUGGUUUCACAGGCCCCAGCAGAGAAUACCAGCACAGGGGAGCUGGAGUGCCAGAGACAAGAGACCCUUAAUCCCCUUUUUCCUCUCCCUUUUUAAAUAGCUGCAAACCCUUUGAGCCCCAUCCUAAAUUUCUACCUGUCUGCUGAGAAUGUUUUAUACUAAGCUGCACCUGUGGUUGGUGCUGAUUUAUCAAACCAACACAGACUCCUUAACAAAACUCAUGUUAUUUAAUAUUCUAAAUACAGUACACAGACAGUAUAUGCUGCACUCUACAGUACUGCAUUUUGUAAGAGAUUUUCUUCAAGUCUGAUUUUGCCUUUUUUUAUAAAUUGGUACUUUGCUCCUGAAGGUUUACAGUCAGUGAAAAGGAAGACACAGCCUACUCUACCUGAAAAGAGCUGACAGGGCUCCUCAUACUAGGUGAUAAUUUAACUAACAUUACCAUUAAUUUGUUACAAUCCCACCACAUACAUAGGAAAUAAUUUUCAAAACCAAAGUCAUUCAGGUCCAUAUUUAUUAGUAAGCCUGUGCAGUGUCAAUGCUCACGGUGAUGCCUGAAAGAACACCAAUAGAACACAGUCUCCAUGUUUCAGAUACAAAGAUUUUCCCAGUUAACAUCAACAUCCCAGACCAGCU